CACAGCAUUCAGCAGCAGGAAUGCUCAUUCCGACUUCCUACAUGCCAGUUGUAACACACACCUAAUAUACCUACCCUACAGAAUCAAGCAACACCACACAAGCUUUCAAUGCUCACGUCUUACAACCUACGGCACCUAGCAACACAAUCUCAGAUUCCGACACCUACAUCCUCCAUAACGACCAGCAACAAUGACCUCAUUUCCCCGACCCUCCCCUUGCCGACCAUCAGCUGCCCCUGAGCCGCGCAAGACCCUUCGAGAGCACAUUCUGCACUCCCUGCCAGCAUAUACCGGCCCCUACCAAGUAGGCUUCCUCGAAAUUGAGCUGCCCGCCGCCGACCCGCGACCCUUUGCCCCGCACAUCAAACGCAACAACGAGUUCGCCCUGAAGCUCGACACGGUCCUGUUUGCCGUGUAUUACCCCGCCGAUCUCGAGGCCAAGACAGGGACAGCAGGAAGGACCAGGCCGCCAUGGCUCCCCCGCCCGCGACCCUCGACAUGCAGGGGCUACGCCAAGUUCCUCAACAUUCCCCACUGGCCGGUGACGGCCUACAUGGCGGCGACAACCAUGUUUACCAAGCUGCCGGCAUACCGCAACGCACGCAUCUCCCAGCGGUGGCCGGACGAGGCGGGCCAUGACACUGGGCGCGGGAGCGGGAGCGGGAGCGGGAGCGGAAGUGGGACGCAUCAGGUCUCGGAUGCGGAGACGCUCGUAGAACAGGAAGACGAAGACGAGGACGUUAACGACAAGCCACGGUUCCCCGUAGUCAUCUUCAGCCACGGCCUGGGUGGCUCGCGGACGCUAUACAGCUCCAUCUGCGGGGAGCUCGCGAGCUACGGGCUGGUCGUGGUGGCCAUGGAGCACCGCGACGGCAGUGGCGCCAGGACGUUCGUCAACAAGGCGGGCAAAUCACAGGAUCUUGAGAGCGAUGAUGUCGACAAGACGGCAACCCCCCCCAAGAACGAAGAAAAGACACCUCAGCGCCGGCAAAAGGACGCAGAGGCCAAACCGUACUACAAGAUCGAUUACCUGUUUCCCAAGGACAACGCGCAGGAUACGUCGCCCCGUAACCCCAACGGAGUUGACAAGGAACUGCGAGGAGCUCAAAUUGAUAUGAGGUUAGCCGAGAUUGAAGAGGCGUUCCGCGCCCUGGACCUGAUAAACAGCGGGAAGGGGAGCGAGGUGCGCCGGGAUAACCUUCGGAAACCAGGCAACGUUGGCUCCAGCUCGAUGGGCCUAGAAGACAUUGAGUGGGAGAACUGGGUCGGCCGUCUUGACCUGGAGAAUAUCACCAUUAUGGGCCAUUCCUUCGGCGGAGCAACCGCAGUCCAGGCGCUGAGGUCUGGUAAGCUCCCCUGGAUUACACAGGGCGUCCUGCUUGACCCUUGGGGCCCCGCCACCCCGGAAUGCACCGAGCAGCGCUCGGUCCACAAGCCGGUAUUGUCCGUCGGCAGCGAGGCUUUUAUGCAUUGGGCCGAGAACUAUGACUGCGUCAAAAAGGUGUGCGACGAGGCCCGGGCGGCCGGCACGCUGUCGUGGAUGAUGACGAUUCGGGGGUCGACACACCUGUCGCAGACCGACUUUGCAAUCCUUUAUCCAAAUUGGAUGUCGCUGCUCAUGAAGACCAUCGUGAACCCUGAGCGCGCCAUUUCGCUCACGGUGCACUCGGCACUUGAGUUCCUCAAGCUCACGCUGCCCCGGGCGCAAACCCGGUUUGCCAGAGCGUGGGCUGACGAGCAGCUGUUGAGCCGCGCCAAUCCAGUAGCCAAGGUUGAGUCGGAUUACCGGCCUGACGACAAAUGGGUUGCCGCCCGGUUAAAGAUCCCAAACGAAUUCUCGAUGCGCCUUCGAGGUGUGCUCGGUUGGGGCAGGUGGUCCAACGGAUUGGUGAGCCACGAUGUCAGAGACGAGAUAUGGUGCCAUCAAUCGCCGGACAAGGAUGCCGUAGAACGAUAUAAGGAGGAAAGCUGGAGCGGGUGGAGAGUUGGGACGGCAGGAGAAUGA